AAAAACAUUUGUAAUCCUUGAUUGUUGUAGUUAAUUGUAGUUGUAGUUGCUCCCCCACCUUACACAUUUGUGGUGGCCCUGUCUGGUAUAUUUUUUUUUUUUUUGCGUAGUCGUGUUUUUUUGAAGGAUCAAAAUCGAUAAUCAGUAGUUGAAAUUUCACACGAUCUUUACAGUGUAAUUCAGCCAUUGACUUCGACUAAUAAGGGAUUCAACGUAUUGUGAUAUAUAGAGAAGUAUCGUUGAAAGGAUAGCUGUCAGUUGAAACUAACAAAUUGAAAAAAAUAGUACAGUAUGUCACAUGAUAGUUCUAUUCAUAAAAGGACCCUAUCAGCUGAACCAUAUUCAUCGACAACCAAUGAAUUAAACUAUAGUCAUGCUGCAUUCGAUGAAGUCAAUGAUGGACUCUUGCCUAUGACCCAUCAUGAUUUAAAGGAAAAGGGGAACAACUUCAUACCGAGCAGUCUGAACCAACCACCACCAGAUUCAAACGCUAAAGAUUCAGUGUUAAGACCUAUCGAUAGACCAGCGUUCUUCGUAUUGGUGAUAUUAUAUUUAUUACAAGGAGUUCCUGUUGGUUUAGCCUUUGGAUCAAUUCCAUUCAUUUUAAAGUCUAAAUUAUCCUAUUCUCAAGUGGGUAUCUUUUCAUUAGCUGCUUAUCCAUAUUCAUUAAAAUUAAUUUGGUCACCUAUUGUUGAUGCGUUUUAUUUCCCCAAGAUUGGAAGAAGAAGAUCAUGGAUUAUUCCAAUUCAAACUAUUUCAGGAUUAACUUUAAUAUAUCUUGGACUGGGAAUUGAUAUCCUUUUAAAUGAUCCUCAAAAGAAUCUACCCAUGAUAACUGCUUGUUUCUUUUUAUUAGUAUUCUUCUGUGCUACUCAAGAUAUUGCAGUUGAUGGUUGGGCUUUAACUUGUCUUUCACCUGAUAGUUUAUCAUAUGCUUCAACUGCUCAAACCAUUGGUAUCAAUACCGGUUAUUUUUCAUCAUUCACUAUCUUUUUAGCUUUAAGUUCACCUGAUUUUGCUAAUAAAUAUUUACGUGAUACUCCAAUCGAUGAAGGAUUAUUUUCAUUAGGCCAAUAUCUCAGAUUCUGGGGGUUCAUGUAUUUAUUAGUGACAGGAUUCCUUUAUUUCGUUCCAGAAGAUCCUGCUCAUUUAGCUAAGGUAAAUCAAGCUAAAUUAGCUAAUGAAAAAGUAAAACUUGAACUGGUUUAUAAUAAAGAUAAAGCCAUAUAUGCUGAUCUUAUUCAUGUCUACAGUUCAAUGUAUAAGGUAUUACAAUUACCUAAUGUUCAAACAUUUGUGGUUAUUUUAUUGAUUUCAAAAUUAGGAUUUCAAGUGAAUGAAGCGGCUACCAAUUUGAAAUUAUUAGAAAAAGGAUUAUCCAAGGAAGAUUUGUCUAUCACUGUAUUAAUUGAUUUCCCAUUUGAAAUGAUAUUUGGUUACUAUGCCGGUAGAUGGUCAUCAGGUAAAGCUCCAUUAAGACCUUGGAUUUUUGGAUUUGCCGGUAGAUUAGUGGCAGCAGCUUUUGCUCAAUUAGUGGUUUAUUUCUUUCCUGAAGAUGGUAAAGUUGGAGCAUUUUAUUUCUGUUUAAUUAUUUUACAACAUUUAUUAAGUUCAUUCAUGUCGACCAUUCAAUUUGUUUCACUUUGUGCUUUCCAUACUAAAAUUGCUGAUCCUGCUAUUGGAGGAACUUAUAUGACAACUUUAAAUACUUUAUCAAAUUAUGGAGGUACAUGGCCCAGAUUAAUUUUAUUUUAUCUUAUUGAUAAAUUAACCAUAUCAAAUUGUGAAUUGAGUGGAGGAGGAACUACUGAAAUUACCUCAGAAACAGUUAAAGAACAAUGUCUUAAAGCAGGUGGGAAAGUGAUAGUAUUAAGAGAUGGUUAUUAUUAUACAAAUGCCAUAUGUGUAAUCCUUGGUGUUAUAAUCUUAAUAUGGGUUAAGAAGAAGACAACUUAUUUACAAAGUUUACCCAAUAGUGCAUGGAGAGUCAAUAAAUAAAUAAAAUAAAAUUCAUAGGCUACAAAUAUAGAAUAAACGAAUAUUCAAUCUAGAAUUAACUUUU